UGGAGAUCUUGGAUAGUAACGACGUUAUGACCACAUGACCUUGAACUUGCGUUGCCUGCCCUUGUGUGAUGUCGGCAGUAUUCGAGCGCGUGCUGGCCCGUGACUGGUGCGCUGUCGACCUAUUAGUUGCCCGACUGAGAAGGUGACCUCGGCUCUGUCGCCUGCGUGGACUGCCGAUUCGAUGGAUCUAAACAGGAUGGUGGUGAGAUAAGGACACGGCACUGACACUGCCUGCUGCGGGGUUAGGCCCGGCAAGGCAGGAGGAUAACACAAGUAGUGUUUCUACUUAGGCAACCUUGGGUUGACUUCGAUGAGGUAGUUGGCUGCCUUGAAAUAGGAUGGUACAAACAGGCGCCAUUGCGACCUCGAACGGCCUGCCGGCCUGCCUGCCUGCUUAAGGUCACCACGCUCUUCUCACGAACACGUUGAUCCCCGCUCUCUCAACGCAACAAGUCUCGUCACCAGCCCCAUGAGUCCCUCACGCGCCUGCACAGGUCCCAAAAUAUUCACGGGCGUUCUAUUCUUCGUCGCUGUUGUCGUUCUUUUUCGAGCGUUUGGCACGCAGCAAGUCGGGAUGAGCCAGCGCGAUUCGCCCAACCCUUUGGAGGGUUUGAAGGUGUCGAUCGAGCAGUCUUCCACCGAGUGGCCUAUUUCUGUGAAGGCGACCGUGACCAACACAAAUGACUACACUGUCAGCAUCUUGACAUACGACUCGCCACUUGACCAAGCUGCGUUCGCCCUCGGCUUGCUGUCGCUCACGCCCUCUGGCAAAGAUACAGCGCUCGAGCUGGCAACGGUGCAGUUCCGCAGGAUCUGGCCUCCAACCAGGGACCACUUGGUUGAGCUUGCAGCUGGAGAAAGCAAAACGAGCGAGAUUGAGGUGAAGCCUGCAAUGGUGUCUAAGGAGACGCUGGGAGAAACUGCGACGGCGCUGUUGAAGGGCGAGUGGAGAGCAGUCUGGCCGAAGGCGAAGGAUGACAUUAGUGAUGCCUCGCUUGACAAUCCCUCUGAUAGCGAGGAUGCGUUUAUGGGUACUUUUCAGUCGGACGAGUUGGCGUUGAAGGUCGACUAAAAUGGGCAAUGGGUUGACGUUGGCGCAUGUAGGAAAGCUGACGAGGAACUGUGACCGUUUCAUGAGACGGCAGGAAUUGUGCAGUUGUGCACAAAGCUUUGGUAAUAUCAGGCCAAUGCAUGAAUAUUUCAAGUCUUCUCUUGUGAAUUACUGAAUGGCAACUGCUUCUGGCAAUAAGCGUUGACU